AUGGUAACUUUAUUUCCUAAUUUUACCAUGUCCCUUCAAGAUCCAAACUUGUUGGAUGCCUUAAAAGUCCAAAUCCAGAUUAUUGGAGCUAAGAUGGUCGAAUCAGUAGUAACAGCAACCCUUCACUAUCAAAUAGUGUAUAGGGUUCAAGAUCACGCCUUUAAGCUGUCACACCAUGGUUCUGAAGAUUCCCUUCUCAUUUAUGUUAAUACCAAAGAAGAGUCUUACUGUGUGCAUGUGCCAAAACAAAUACCCAAGCAAGAGUUGUUGAAAUUUUUGCCAGAAAUGUGGGUAACAAAUUAUGAGCAAAUCAAUCAGCAUGAUCAUGAUCAACCUAUAAAAUCAACCAAAAGCCAGAUCAUCACCAAAUCAGACGAAACCAGUGAAGUUCGAUUUGACCACGGUUAUCUAAGACCACAAGUUAUACCACCAAUUUUCCUAACACAGUUGAUGAUAAAACCUUUCCAACCUGGAAGUCCAGGACCAGAAUCAACUUUUAUAGAGAGUUUUCAAGCAGAUGGAAAACCUCUAUAUUAUUUUAAAGACCCUGUUAUAGGACAUUGUCCAUGGGAUAUUAAUUGUUCCUGUGAACUAUGUCAUGAGCUAAGUUUUGAUGAUUGGGUUGCAGGCAUGGAUAAUGAAGUUUACAAGCCUCACAAGAAAACAUUUCACAAGAAAUCAACACAGUUUGAUUUUUACAAAUGGUGGAUAAAUGGUGAUCCAAAUAUUGGUCCUCUGGAGAAGAUAAUGGAAAAUUUGUUUAUCUUGUUGAUUAUUCUGCAGAGAGACUAA